CUCUACCAGUGGCCUUGUGUGCCGUUGAAGAAAUGUCAUAUUUCAUAAGCAUAAAUGCUUCAGAUUGAUGAUUUUAAAAAAAAUCAUAUAUGUAGUAAAUAUUAAUCAAAUAUUAUAACGUACAAUUGUUCAUGGGACUCUGAGAACUGUUGAGCUGUGUUCGAAUAUUUUAUGUUUAACCGGAAAUAUGGCUGCCGCCGACUUUGCAAUCGCCAAUUCUGGGUGGAAUUGUGCCAAUUCUUGUAUCUAGUUAGCUCAGCUCUGUGUAACAUCUAAUACUUGAAAGGUUUUGCUCUUAAUGAGGCUAGCGUCAUGGCACAUACUGGUGAUGCUUGGCGUAUAUCAGGAGAAGACCGAGCGAAACAUGAUGCACAGUUCUUCCAACUGAAGCCCAUUAAUGGCUUUAUCACAGGGGAACAGGCUAGAGGGUUCUUCUUGCAGUCAGGACUACCGACCAGUGUGCUGGGACAGAUAUGGAAGCUUGCAGACAUGAACAGCGAUGGCAAAAUGGACAAGAAGGAGUUCUCCAUUGCCAUGCAUUUGAUCAAGAAGAAACUACAAGGUUACGAGUUGCCCAAGACACUUCCCGCUAGCCUGAAGGCUGACCCCUAUCCAGUGAUAGGUUCAUUCGGAGUGCAGCCUAUGAAUGUUGGUGUCGGGAUGCCUGGGCCAAUACACGGAGCACCACCAAUGAUGAUGGGCAUGAUGCCUCCUGUAUCUAUGGUAACUGGCACUAUGACAACAGGGUCAGUUGGCAUGCCACUAAUGGCUAAUGGAAUUGCCCCAGCUGUUUCAGGUGGAUUUGCAGGAGGAAUGCCAGUUAACAAACAAGUUGGGUCAGCUGCCUGGACUAUGCCGCAUCAGAGCAAAUUAAAAUAUACCCAGCUUUUUAAUACAAAUGACAGAAACAAACGAGGAUUUUUAACAGGUGUUGAGGCAAGAGCAAUUCUUCUUCAGUCCAAUUUACCCCAACCACUGCUUGCACAAAUAUGGACUCUCUCUGAUGUUGACAAUGAUGGCAAGUUGACGUGUGACGAAUUUUGUAUAGCUAUGCACCUCUCUGAUCUGGCUCGAUCAGGAGUAACACUUCCACCCAAACUUCCAGCAGAGCUGGUUCCUGCCAGUAUGAGAGGAAGGGCCGGCAGUCUGGCUAGUGUUAGCAUGCCAGCGGUUCCCAUCUCGCAGCCUGCCCCUUCCCAAGGAGAUUCAUUUGGUGACUUGCUUGGAGGACUGGGAAUGAGUGCACCUGUUCCACUGAUUCAAGCUCAGCCACAGCCUGCGGCUAAUGGGGAGAUUAAACCAGAAGAUACAUCUCCAGUGACGUUUGAGGACAAGAGGAAAAUGAAUUUCGACAAAGGUCAGGCUGAGCUUGAGCGACGGCGAGCAAUGUUACAGGAACAGUUAAAGAGAGAAGAGGAGGCACGUCUGGAGAAGGAACGAAGAGAACAGGAGAAAAGGGAAAGGAUUAGACAAGAACAAGAACAAAGACGUCAGCAGGAAUUGCAGAAACAGUUGGAGAAACAGCGGCAGAUAGAACGAGAACGGGAGGAACAACGCCAGAAGAUGCUGGAACAGAGAGAGGCUGCUCGCCGGGAACUGGAGCGUCAGCGUCAGAUGGAGUGGGAGCGACAGAGGAAAGAACAGCUAUUGGCGGAGAAGAACCGGGAGUACACGGAACUGUCAGCGCUCAAGGCUCAGGACAAUAAUCUGAAAGACGAACUCGAGUCUCUGGAUGGAAAGAAAACAGAAAUAGCUUUGAAAAUAACACAGGUUCGGAAUGGAGUCACUGACUUCACUACGAGUAUUGAGAGUAUGCGCUCUUUACGAGACACAUCAAUGGCAGACAUUGACAGAUUUGAACACGAGAUGCAGGAUUUGAAAAGAAGAUUAAAUCAACUACAACAGGAGAAGGAAGAAAUCACGUUACAACUUCAGACAUCCCAACACAACUCGCCUAUGUGUAAGUCGGACACCCAUCGGACUCUGAUGCAUAGUGUAGAAUUAAAGAAAACCAACGUGCAGCGUCUAAAGAAAGAACUUGCACAAGUAGAACGGGACACGGAGGGCAAACUAACGGAAAUUGACAAGAAUAAUGCACAGAUUACGGCUCUAAGUGAGGAGUCCAGUAGCUUACAACAGCAGCUGCCAUCUCUACAAGACAAGAAAAAACAAGGAGAGGAGCAGAUACUGACUAAGCAAAACAGUUUAACCAAAACCACAGAAAUUAAAACCAGUCAAAAGACAGCUAUGAAAUCAUCCGAAGGUAGUGAUAAAAAGUCAGCCAGUUGGUUUGAUUUUGGCAAUGAGUUUAGCAAGACAGCUGAAAACAGUGGGUCAAUCAAUUGGGGUAAUGCGUUCUCUACAACAAGUAAACAGCCCACCACCCAGGAUGUCUGGAGUGCCAGUCGUUUGUCUAGUCAAAACACAGAAUCCUCCGUUGCUUUCAUGUCAGGAUCAAAGAAAAAGUAUAGAGCUUUGUUUGACUUCGAAGCAAGAAGUAGUGAUGAAUUGACACUUAUGCCUGGUGACGUUGUUUGGAUACCGGAUGAGCAGGGAGAGCCUGUUGAAGGCAUGGAAGAGUGGUUCAGGGGAGAGAGAGAUGGACAUGUAGGCUGGUUUCCAAAAGCUUAUGUGGAGCUCGCUGAAGACCAACCAUCUAGUCAACCACUAGUCAGCCAAAAUACAUUUAUUACCAGUGCAACAGAACCACAGUUAACUGCCCCAGUUCAGGAUGAACCAGUAACACUGCCGCAGGACAUUGAAGUUGAUUCUGUAGCUGACCCUUCAACCCUCACAACAUCAGUCGAGUCGCCCUUUAUGGCAUUGACACCAACUCCUGGUCAGGGUACAAUGGCACCCGAGGGUCUUCUCUGCAAGGCUAUGUAUCCGUGGAAGGCUCGCCAGGAUAACCACCUGACAUUCAACAAGGACGAUGUGAUCACGGUCAAGGAACAGCAGGACAUGUGGUGGAUGGGCGAACUGAACGGUCAGACUGGAUGGUUCCCAAAGGCAUAUGUUAAACUUAUUGGUGUUGGAUCUUCCAAAAACAGUUCACUAAAUGGAAGCCCAAUAGGAACACUGGAAAAGGGUAACAGUGCCAGGUCAUCUCCCGCGAUAAACAAGCCUACUGAAGGAGAGUAUUAUGUGGCGAUGUACAACUACAUUUCGGAAAAUCCCGAAGACCUUCAGUUUAAUGAGGGUGAUAUGAUUCUAGUCACUAAGACAGACGAACCCUGGUGGACGGGCACGUUGGGAAAUCAGACGGGCAUUUUUCCUGGAAGUUAUGUAAAGAGUGUGGAAAUACAGACUUGCUCACAGCUAUAUCUUGAAGCUGACCAAAGUGGUGGUGGUGGAGGUGCUGAUGGUACACAAUUGGCAGGCUUCGAUCUCUGUGCAGCAAUUGCCAAUAGUGCAGAGAGUUCAAACGAGAAAAACAUAACCGGUGACACUGUUGGUAAGGAUCAGGACACUACUUCCACCAGUGCCUCAAAACAAGGUAAAACUGAUUGGUCAGGUGCCGAUCCUUUUGGACAGAUAGAUUGUUUUGGAAAAGCAAGUCCUUCAGUUCCAGUUAGAUUUGAUGAUUCUCCUUGUCUGAUGUCUGCAGAAUCUUUGGGACUAACUGUGGCUGAGGAAAAUGUAACCCAGUCAGUUCCAUUUCAUAUGAAAGAAGAAGAACAGUUAGAUUAUGAACCUGUGGAAUGCAACAUACCCCAGAAGCCAAAUGCUGAAGAAAAACAGUUAGAUUACGAACCUGUGGAAUGCAACAUACUCCAGAAGCCAAUUGUUGAGGAAGAACAGUUAGAUUAUGAACCUGUUAAAUACAUUAAACUCCCAAAGCCUUUACCUGAGUUGCCGAAUGUCGAUGAUGAUGUUGAUUUUUAUGAAGAUAUCAACAUGUGGCCUGCUCCUCCACCAGAGUGUGUAGGCUUCACUUUACACGACUCUACUUCCAAUACUGAAGGUGAUAAGCCUGAUCAAAAGAUGUCUAAGAAAACAGAAAUAGCAACCGUCAUAGCUCCAUACCAAGCCACAGGGACGGGUCAGUUGUCGCUGGAACUGGGAAACUUGAUACAGAUUCGACAGAAGAGUCCACGUGGUUGGUGGGAGGGUGAGCUGCAGAAAUUUAAGAACGCUCGUGGUCAGAAGAAACGCAUUGGUUGGUUUCCAGCAAAUUAUGUGAAAAUGUUGGGUUCAUCGAGUGGCCAAUCAACGCCCAUUGGAGAAACUAAUGGACAGGGUGAUACAUCCACAUGUUCCACACAGCAGCUUAGUGUACAAGCUGCAGUACAACAGGGUAGUCGAUCGAACACCCCCCAGACGACCAAUAGCCAUACACCUCAACCCUCACCAGUGGAACCAAAAUAUAUGGAACGUGUUCUAGCCCUGUACAGUUAUGCAGCCCAAAAUGAUGAUGAGUUAACAUUCCAAAAAGCUGCUGUGAUAGGUGUUAUUAAUAAGGAAAAUCCUGAUUGGUGGUUUGGAGAGGUUGAAGGUGAAGGUCAAACAGGCGUCUUCCCAUCCAAUUAUGUCACUCCCUAUACCACAAAUUCCUUAUCGGUGCAAGAGAAAAAUAGACAGAAUUACAUUCAAGAACUUAUCAGUACAGAAGAACGCUAUAUGGCAGACAUGUCUAUAACCAGUGAGGCAUUCAAAGAACCCUUGAAGCAGUCGAAAGCAUUGUCUGAAGAAGAAGUGCAACAGAUAUUUGUUAACUGGAAUGAUCUCAUAAUAUGCAAUAUGAAGUUGCUCAAUGCCCUAAAAGUAAGGAAAACGAUGGCUGGCAACGGCAAACCGAUACAUGGUGUUGGAGAUAUUUUGUGUGAAAAUUUGCCCCAUUUGACUCCCUACGUGCGGUUCUGCAGCUGUCAGCUGUCGGCCGCUGCUCUGUUGCAGCACAAGUCUGUAAACUGUCCCGAGUUUUUAGAGGUUCACAGACAAUGUAUGCAGGAUCCAAGGACGAAAAAUAUGCCUCUUAGUAGUUUUCUUCUGAAACCCAUGCAGAGAAUUACAAAGUAUCCACUGAUGUUAAAAGAGAUUCUGAAGUACACUAGUGCAGACCAUCCUGACCGGCAGAAUCUGGUGGAUGCGCUGGCGAAGGCGGAGGAGUUGUGUAACCAGGUGAACGAGGGCGUGCGCGAGAAGGAGAACUCGGACAAACUCGAGUGGAUACAGACACACGUGCAGUGUGAUGGCCUACCCGAGAAAAUUAUCUUCAAUUCUGUUACAAACUGUCUGGGUCCCAGAAAAAUUCUUCACACAGGAGUUUUAUUUAAGGUUAAGAGCAACAAAGAAUUACUUGGUAUUUUAUUUAACGAUUUCCUUCUGCUGACACAGCCAUCACGCCCGCUCAGUACAAACAUGUCAACGAGAUACAUUUUUGAUCAGAAAAGUAACCUCACUUUCAAAAUGUACAAAACGCCCAUUGUCCUGAAUGAAGUAAUAAUUAUUAAACCAACAGAGGAAGAUGCCGAUUCUUGUCAGUUCCAAAUUCGUCAUGACUUUGACAGAAUGCAUAACCUCAGAGCCAUUAAUGAGACCGAGAAGGAUUUAUGGAUUAAACAAAUAGAAACAGCUUCCAGGCAUUAUUUAGAUACAGAAAGAAGAAAACGAGAAUCUGCUCAUUCCACACAAUUACGUGACAAGCCAGUGGGACGACUUCUUGUAAUUAUAAUGGAUGGAAUAGGGCUAAAAUCCUGCAAAGAACAUGGUAAAAGUGACCCGUACUGUGAGGUGAGCAUGGGCACCCAGGAACACAAGACAAAGGUGAUCCCUGGCACACUGAACCCCAAAUGGAAUGUGUCGAUGCAGUUCACCAUCAAGGACAUCGACCAAGAUGUGCUGUGCAUCACGGUGUACGAUAGAGAUCUCUUCUCCCCAAAUGAUUUCCUUGGAAGAACUGAGGUGCGAGUAAAAGACAUUCUUAAUGAGAGUUUAAAAAAUAAGAAAGGUCCACUCAUCAAGAAACUGACAUUGCUUGAGGUCGACUCUGGAGAGGUUCAGGUCAAACUUGACCUUCAGAUAUACAAUUCAACAUGAUACACAACAUUUCCACGAUCUGCUUUCAACAGAAAACAUUGUACGAGCUCACGAACUGGAACAAGAAUAGGAACCCGUUUCCACGGUUUCUCCAACUGUUGGAUGAAAACUUAUUCAUAACAGCUGUUUGAAAAUCAUGUGCAUCACUUUUUUUUUUAGAUUAAUCACACUGGAAGUAAAUUUUCUAUAUUAAAACUGUAAUUAUUA